AUGACAAACGAAAGUCAAUCGAGAAGUGAUAAAUGCGAAAAAUACUAUAUUUUAGUUGUGAAAAUCCUAAGAAUUGUUCAUCAUAGCAGAAUAAAGAUAUAUCGAUUUUAA